AUGGGAUGCUCUCAAUCAAGAUUGGAUGAUGAAGAGGCAGUUCAGCUUUGUAAAGAUAGAAAGCAAUUCAUCAAACAAGCUGUUGAGCAAAGAACUCAAUUUGCUAUUGGUCAUAUGGCAUACAUUCAGUCUCUGAAAAGAGUUUCAGCUGCUCUGCGUGAUUACUUUGAAGGAGAUGACUCACCUGAGUUCUCAUUAGAUUCAUUCAUAACCCCAUUACCUUUCAAGCAUGUGAAGAAAACUGGUCCUGCUUUCAUUCCCAUAUCUUCAAAACCCUUCACUCCAAAAUCAAUUGAGCUUGAAUCCAAUACAACAUUGAAAGUGAAUUACCUAAGGCCGAGUGGUAAUCCAGUAAUUUCAGUUGAGGAAAGGCCUCAAUCACCCGAAAUGGUUCGAGUUGAAACAUAUUCCCCCAUACACCAGUUUGGCAUUGAUGGUUUUUUUGCUAUGCAAUCCUCACCUAUGAAUUCCUCAAUUUUUGCUUAUUCUCCCAAUAACAGGCCUAAUAUCCCUCCCCCUUCACCUCAAUCUUCCCAAUGGGAUUUCUUUUGGAACCCAUUUUCAUCAUUAGACUAUUAUGGUUACCCAACCCGAAGUAGCCUUGACCAGACUACUAUGGAUGACGAGAAUAGAGGACUGAGGCAGGUCCGAGAAGAAGAAGGAAUACCAGACCUGGAAGAAGAUGAAACUGAACAAGAAGAUUUUGUUGAAAAGAGAAAUGUAACAGAAGAAAGAACCAAAAUUGAUGUAAACUCCUCCAAAGAAGAAGUCACAGUUGAAGAUGUUGAUGAACAUGAAGAGGAAGGAACAGACAGUGAAAGUGAAACUUUACAUGAAGUCACAGACUCACAAGCUAAUGGCUGUGAAUGUUUUCAAGUAUCAAAAGCUCAAACUGCGAGUCAUACUGAAUCCAGCCAUCAGGAAAUGGCAAUUGGUAAUCAAGAAGCUAAGGAAGAAACACCUGGUUUUACAGUUUAUGUAAACCGAAGGCCAACAAGCAUGGUUGAAGUGAUAAGGGAUCUUGAAGCUCAAUUCACAACAGUCUGCAAUGCAGCCAAUGAUGUCUCAGCAUUGUUAGAGGCCAAGAAAGCUCAGUAUUCAUCGACAUCUAAUGAACUCUCAGCAUCAAAGUUGUUGAACCCAGUAGCUCUGUUCCGCUCAGCUUCUUCACGCUCUUCCUCAUCAAGAUUUAUAAUGAAUUCUUCAAGCACUAGGGAUGAAGGUUACGAGGGCACUGAUGAUCCAUCAGAGGAACAUGGUUUGUUUUCUGUUAGCCAUCAGUCAACAUUAGAAAGGUUAUAUGCAUGGGAGAAGAAGCUCUACGAGGAAGUCAAGUCUGGAGAACGUGUUCGAAUUGCAUAUGAGAAGAAAUGUCUGCAACUCAAGAACCAUGAUAUAAAAGGAGAGGAACCCUCUUCUGUGGAUAAAACAAGAGCAGCCAUUAGAGAUCUGCAUACCCAGAUAACAGUUUCAUUACAUUCAGUUGAAGCUAUUUCCAGGAGAAUUGAAACUCUAAGGGAUGAAGAGUUGCAUCCCCAACUUCUUGAAUUGGUGCAAGGGUUGGCAAGGAUGUGGAAAGUGAUGGCAGAAUGUCAUCAGAUACAGAAGAGAACCUUAGAUGAGGCAAAGAUUCUUCUAGCUGGCACUGUUGCCAGAAAACAGUCUUCCAUGUUAACAACUGAUCCGCACAGGCUUGCUUGUUCUGCCUCCAAUCUUGAAACUGAGUUGAGGAAUUGGCGAAACACCUUUGAGUCAUGGAUCACUUCUCAAAGAUCCUAUAUUCAUGCUAUAACCGGGUGGCUUCUCCGGUGCGUGAGAUGUCAGCCUGAUGCAUCAAAGUUAUCAUUCUCUCCUCGUCAGUCCAGUAGCACACAUCCAUUAUUUGGACUUUGUGUUCAGUGGUCAAGGCGUUUAGAUGCCAUCCAAGAAACAGCAGUGCUUGAUAGCAUAGACUUUUUUGCAGCUGGUAUAGGGUCACUCUAUGCGCAACAGGUAAGAGAAGAUUCAAGAGUUGGAUCAAAGGAAUCCAAUGAGAAUAUGGAAAUGGUGGAAGUUGGUCAGGUAGAAGAGGUAAUGGCUUCUGAGAACUUGGCUGAAGUUGGUAUUAAGGUUCUUUGUGCUGGAAUGUCAGCUGCUAUGAGCUCAAUGGCAGAGUUUGCUAUUGAUUCUGCUGAGGAAUACAAUGAACUUGUUAAACGAUGGGAGAAUGUGAAGUUGCAGCAUACUUCUUGUGGGACUGGAACAUAA